GAUAUUUGAAUAAUCAUCUAACUUUGUUUAGAAUUAAAUAAAUUUGGUUGAAAUGAUGCUGCAUACUUUCAACUGCUGUAGGUCUUAUUCAAGAUAUCACUAUCUGCUUCACUAUGCACGAUAUUAUAACCAACGAACGUUAACAAAUAAUGGGACCAUACUGCGACUAAAGGCGCCUUUUUCAUCACCAUUUCAUACAAAUGGCGUAAAGGAACACAGACUCCUACACACCUGCAGUGUAAAUUUUGAUAAGUCUAAAGUUGAGAACUCUUUGAAGGAGAAAAAGAAACAGAAAACUGCUUUGCAAAGUGAAACAGUUGUAAAAGGUACUGCAAAAGAUACUAAAGUCGGGCAAGAACAAACAUUGGAUGUUGCUAAGAAGUCACUAUGGCAACGAUUUGUGGCGGAAGUGAAACAUUAUUAUCACGGGUUUCGUCUCCUUGGACUCGAUAUUAAAAUCGCGUCGAAAAGUUUGUGGAAAAUAUUAAACGGGGGGGUUUUGCAGCGAAGAGAAAGAAACCAGUUCCGUCGAGCUGUAGCUGAUAUUUUCCGCUUGGCUCCUUUUUCUGUGUUUAUUAUAAUCCCAUUUGCAGAACUGGCACUGCCAGUUGUUGUGAAGCUCUUUCCAAACAUGUUACCUUCCACUUUUGAAAGCUCUUCCAUCAAGGAAAAACGGCUUAAAAAAGAACUAACAGUAAAACUCGAAAUGUCAAAGUUUCUCCAAGAUACAGUAGAGGAUAUUGCGAUCAGAUCAAAAAACUCUGCGAAGAAAAAUCAGGCAGCUCAAGAUUUCGUGAAUUUCUUCCAAAAAAUCCGCAAUUCUGAUGAAGAACCUACCAACGAGGAAAUAUUAAAACACGCAAAGUUAUUCGAAGAUCAGUUGACCUUAGAUAGCAUGACGCGGCAACAAUUGAUCGCAUUAUGUCGACUCAUUCAAGUUCCAGCUGUGGGAAACAACGAACUCCUACGCUUUCUUCUCCAAAUGAAAUUAAACCGCCUGCAUUCUGACGACAAAAUGAUUCAGGAAGAAAAAAUUGAAAGUUUGACAACAGCUGAGUUGAUGGCCGCAUGUCAAGCUCGUGGGAUGCGAGCUUUGGGGUAUUCUCGUGCUAAGAUGGAGCAGCAGUUAGCUGAAUGGAUAGAUCUUCAUAUCAACCAUAAUGUUCCAAGCUCAUUAUUGUUAUUAAGUCGAGUUCUUUAUAUGCCUGACCAUGUACCUGUGGAAACUCGAGUAAAGGCAGCGAUUUCAACACUGCCGGAAGAUGUGGCCGGUAAAGUGGAAGUUAAAGCUGGAGAGUUAAACUUGGAGAGAGUUGAUAAUACUACGCGGUACAAGGCAGCACAACUUGAAAAUACAACAAUUGAAGAAGAAACUUCGAAAAAAGAAGAAGAAACGGCGACAAAAGUUGAAGUGGAGGAGAAAAUUCCGGAGGUUGAAAAAGUUCCAGUGACCGAAGUGGUUGAAGAGACGAUGAGUGAAGGUCCUGUGUUGGUGGAUAAAGCUAAGGUGGUUUGUGAGGAUAAUAAAAUCACAUUGGAGGAGAUUGAUGUCUUGGAGGAAGUGAUCACAAAGCAAGUGAAGAAGGAUAAGAUCUUGGAUGCAGCGAAGAGCGAUCUCAAGGAUUUAGUGGAAGAUGUUGUGGAGUAUCAGGAUGAUGUGAAUACUCUGAGAUCAGAGGUUAAAGAUGAGGAAGAUGGACUGAUCUCUAAAGACACAAAAGCAGGAGCCCGCAUCCAAAAGAGGAUCGGCAAGUUGAUUGGAAGGAUGGAGCAGAUCGUGGUGGAUUUGGAGAAAGAAGAUAAAGAAGUUAUUGAUGAGGAGCGAUCCGUGGAUGUUGGGGAGAUGAUGCAAGCCGUGCAUGCUCUUCAAGUCAUCCCAGAGGAGAAACUUUGCAGGAUCUUCGAUACCUUGGACACAGAUAAAGAUGGGAAGAUAAAUAUUGAAGAAGCGGGAAAUAUUAUUAAAGUUUUGAACGAGGAAAACGUUGAAGUAACGCACCACCAGCUUGAAGAGAUUGUAAAGUUGUUGGAAAAACAAACUGAAACACCUGAUAAGAUACAGCCGUAGUUCCUUACCUUUUCACACAAAGUGUUUUCUAGGAAAUUGACGCAUGCGUAAUAUUUACCGGCGCCACACCUGGGGUGGCAGGGUGGGCAGGCCUACCCUUGAUUUUUGCACUGCAUUAAUUAGUAAGUGAGUCAACAUUACAACCAAUAUGUUAGGCUUUGAUAGCAAUACGUCUAAUUUAAUUUAAAAAUGCUGUUUCUACAUUAAAAAGUUUGGUGCUUAUAGCGUAGCAGGGAAGACAAUUAGACACACGACAAAAUUUUAGUUGUAUUGUUAAAAUAUCCUUAUUGAAAAAUUGGGUUUCUUCUGCCCACCCUGCCACCCCAGGUUUGGCGCCUAUGGUUGUGUUUUUAUAUAAAGGGUAAUUCCUCUGUCUUUGUACUGAAGAAUGAAAUGCAAUCAAUUUAAAUUGUUGAUAUUCAACAAGUACACUAUUAUACAAAUUCUAUAAAGUUUAUAAUUGUUGGCAAACCAGUACCAAAAAUAUUUGUCAGCAUUUCCAUGUCACCAUGGCACUGUGCCGCGAUCCCGAAGAAUGGUAUGGUGCCACAGCUUCACGUGCGGUGCCACGGCUUCACGUGCGGUGCCACGGCUUUAUGUGCGGUGCCACGGCACUGACCUGCAGCCCAGUGUUUGACUAAUUUUUUCGAAAUUUUAAAACUUGUUAAAAAAGAUAAUAAUAUAUUGAACACAGAUUCUUUUUUCUAUUGUACUGUAUUAAUGAUUUGGACUAAAAUUCUUUAUGUAAUUUCACUUUAUUAUUUCUAAGUUGCAAGCAUGUUGAACUGUGAAACGAGAAAUUCUAAUUAUGUUGAUGCAAUUAGUUUGAGUGUUUAGAUAAAACUUAAUUUAUGUUCGGAAAUAAUAUAUUUCCUCUGAAACUUUGGCUGUAAACCCGAUAAUAAAUUUUUCAGUUAAUUUAAAACUUUUCGGUUAAUUAAUUUUUUCGGUUAAAAAUUUUCCCUACAAAAAUUUGUUUGUUAAAUUAUUUCUUUCAAAAAAUUCUUAUAGUCAAAAACUGAUACGCACUGUGUUGUAAUGGAUAGUGACGCUGCUACAGCGAUUAUUGUGAAUGUCAGCAUUUGUCUUGCUUUAUAUUGUCUAUGAUUGUUGUUGUUGCAAAAUAACUAAUACAUGGUUUAAAUAAUUCUAG